AUGAAUGAAGUCCAAAGGAGCAUACUCCACGAUGUGGCCGAGGUGGCGGGCCUCGUGUGUCACGCGUUCGGCGAGGAGGGCGUCGACCGGCACAUCAUGCUGUUCAAGAAGGAGUACGAGCUGGCGGCCGAGGAGAAGCGACAGCACCUGUUCGCCGACGACUCUGCGCAGCGCGCCGCCGUCAAACUCGUCGUUUGGUGUUGUGUCGAGCUCUCGCUGAAGACCGACAAGCGGUCCAUCGAGGAGACCCUAGCCGACAUACGCGCCAAGAAGGCGGCGGCAGAGGGACGAGUCGGAGCAGGAGGCCGCCGACGGCGAGCCCGAGCCGGACACCGCGGCGCCAGAUAG